AUGUCCUACCAAAAACCCGAGAAGGAUUUCGGCGGCGAGGGCCCCAAAACCCACAAGAUCCGCAUCACCCUCACCUCGCGCAAGGUCCAGUCCCUCGAGAAGGUCUGCACCGAGCUGCUCGAGCGCGCCAAGUCCAAGAACCUGCGUGUCAAGGGCCCCGUUCGCUUGCCUACCAAGGUCUUGAAGAUCGCUACUCGCAAGACGCCUUGUGGUGAAGGUUCAAAGACUUGGGAUACCUACGAGAUGCGCAUCCAUAAGCGCCUGAUCGAUCUCACUGCGCCGACCGAGGUUGUCAAGCAGAUCAUUAUCAAUAUUGAGGCUGGUGUUGAGGUUGAGGUCACGAUCGCUGCAUAA